CGGGUAAGCGCGUGCCUGUCGGGUUAGGUUGUGGUACGUAUAUAUGCGCGCUCUCGGACAGCAGGACAUUGUGAGCGCCGCACUCGCAAGCGGUAAAGUCGGGACCUUGGAGAGCUCCUGCAGGCGACGCUCUCUCUACGCCUCAUUCCUUGUUGUCUGCCCGAGACAGUCCUAAUCGCCUCAGCUACCGAUGGAAGAAAUGGAAGAGGAGUUGAAAUGCCCGGUGUGCGGUUCGUUUUACCGGGAGCCCAUUAUCCUGCCUUGCUCUCACAAUAUCUGCAUGGCGUGCGCCCGCAACAUCCUUGUGCAGACCCCAGAUGCGGAGUCUCCACGAAGUCGCCGGGCGUCGGGCUCGGCCGCUUCAGAUUACGACUACCUGGACUUGGACAAGAUGAGUUUGUACAGCGAGGCGGACAGCGGCUACGGGUCUUACGGGGGCUUCGCUAGUGCACCGACCACCCCUUGCCAGAAAUCCCCUAAUGGAAUCCGGGUGUUUCCCCCCGCCGUCCCCCCACCUGCACAUCCUCAACCCCAGCACCAUUUGCUUCAACACCCCGGAUCCUUGCCUCCUAUUCCUCGCAAUUCCUGCAUCACCUGCCCGCAAUGCCACCGCAGCCUGAUCCUGGACGAGCGGGGGCUUCGCGGCUUCCCCAAGAAUCGGGUUCUGGAAGGGGUGGUCGACCGGUACCAGCAGAGCAAAGCAGCGGCACUCAAGUGUCAGCUGUGUGAGAAGAGCCCCAAGGAGGCCACGGUCAUGUGCGAGCAGUGCGACGUCUUCUACUGCGAGCCUUGCCGCAUGCGCUGCCACCCGCCAAGGGGUCCGCUCGCCAAACACCGCUUGGUGCCUCCUGCACAGGGUCGGGUCAGCCGCCAGCUGAGCCCCCGCAAAAUCUCAACGUGUACCGAGCACGAACUGGAGAACCACAGCAUGUACUGUGUUCAGUGCAAGAUCCCUGUCUGUUACCAGUGCUUGGAGGAGGGCCGCCACGCGAGCCACGAAGUCAAGGCACUGGGGGCCAUGUGGAAGCUCCAUAAGGGACAACUCUCCCAAGCCUUGAACAUCUUGUCAGAGCGAGCCAAAGAAGCACAGGAAUUCUUAGUGCAGCUAAGGAACAUGGUGCAGCAGAUUCAGGAGAACAGUGUGGAGUUUGAGGCCUGCCUUGUGGCCCAGUGUGAUGCCCUCAUUGACGCCCUCAACCGGAGAAAGGUACAGCUGCUGUCCCGGGUAAAUGGCGAGCAUGAGCACAAGCUGAAGGUUGUACGUGACCAAAUUGCACACUGCACUGUGAAGCUACGUCAGACCACCGGCCUCAUGGAGUAUUGUUUAGAAGUGAUCAAGGAGAAUGACCCCAGUGGCUUUUUACAGAUCUCAGACGCACUGAUCCGCAGGGUGCACAUGACAGAGAGUCAGUGGGGUAAAGGCACACUCACCCCCAGGAUGACAUCAGACUUCGACCUCACCUUGGACAGUGGGCCUUUACUGCAGACCAUCCACCAGCUGGAUUUUGUUCAAAUGAAAGUUCCCUCCACAGUGCCGGCAGCCCCUAUCCUGCAGCUGGAGGAGUGCUGCUCAAACAGCAACAGUGCCACGUUGUCAUGGAAACAACCACCCCUCUCGACAGUGCAGGUGGAAGGCUACAUCUUGGAACUGGAUGAUGGCAAUGGAGGGCAGUUCAGGGAGGUGUACGUUGGGAAGGAGACGAUGUGCACUGUGGACGGCCUGCACUUCAACAGCACUUACAACUCUCGGGUCAAGGCAUUCAACAAGACGGGUGUGAGUCAGUAUAGCCAGACCCUGGUCCUUCAGACCUCAGAAACUGGACUCAAUCCAUGUGAAUUAAAAAGUCUAGGAGCAGUUGCCUGGUUCACCUUUGACUCCAGCUCCGCCCACCCUGACAUCAUCUUUUCCAAUGACAACCUGACGGUGACGUGCAGCAGCUAUGAUGACCGUGUGGUGCUGGGUAACACUGGCUUCUCCCGUGGUGUGCACUACUGGGAGAUGACUGUGGAUCGCUAUGACAACCACCCGGACCCUGCUUUUGGAGUGGCACGCAUUGACACACUCAAAGACGUCAUGCUGGGCAAAGAUGAUAAAGCCUGGGCUAUGUAUGUGGACAAUAACAGGUCUUGGUUUAUGCACAACAACUCUCACACUAACAGAACGGAGGGAGGCAUCAGCAAAGCCUGUACUGUUGGGGUCCUCUUGGACCUAAACAACCGGAUACUGAUUUUUUCUAUAAAUGAUGAACCCCAGGGACCCAUUGCCUUUGAGAAAAUGGAGGGCCUCUUAUUCCCAGCUAUUAGCCUGAAUCGGAAUGUGCAGGUCACACUACAUAGCGGACUGGCCAUCCCAGAAUUCUAUAUCCAACGACAUGUGGAACACCCUACUUCACUUUGCUGAUGGGACAAUUGAUCACAUGAACAACUGGAGGGAUUGCUGCUGCUACUGCUGCUGGGUCCAACAACUGCUUCCAUACAGCCAAGUGUUUUCCUACAGAUCCACUGAAGAGGGUGUCCAUGUUGCCCAGAGCUUACAGACUGGACUUUGCUGCCUGGUGGGUGAUGCUUUCCUGCAGAGCAGUCCAGAAUGCCUGUGGUUUGAUGCGUCCCUGUUUGGACUUAUCUGAAAGCUCUGCUCACAUUUCAAUGCUGGCAGACAAGCGAAGGAAAGGAAGUAAUGGAUAAGUAAGGGCAUUGGAGUAGGUUGAGUGUAGGGAUUGUGGUAGCGCUGUCUUACCUCGCUGUUACAUUACCUGCUUGGCUGUUGGCCUGUGCCACACUCUCCUUAAUUCUACCAACUAACGCUUAGAAGGACUGGUCUGUGAUUACCAGUUGUGACCCUCAGAUAUGAAGGUGCAGUUCUUGUCCCUCUAAUCCUGGGCUCACACUCCGAGUACACUCUAUCAGUAAUUCCCAGGACCCAUGCAAUGAGGCCUGAUAUUCCAAUAUCAAGUAUGCUGAGGAAACGGACAUGGUGCUGUUUGACACUCCUCUUUGUUGUGCCAGAAAGCGUUUUUGUGCCACACGCUCUAAUUUGCUCCCAUUCCCAUGGCUUAGAAGGUUCUUGUACAAUAAACAAACAAGUCAAACUGUAGUAUCACUUUGGGUGCUGUCUAGGGAAGUUAAGAAGACCUUCUUACACCCCUACUACUCUCCCAUAUUGCCCAUUUUCUGUUUCAUUUUGACUACAUCUACCACCCACUAAGCUGUUAUGUUGCUUCUCCUCCCAGGUGGACAGCCCUACACACUCCUGACCAGAUUUCCACUAUCCCUGGGGUCAUAUAAGCCAUGCCCUCUGCCCAGAGCUUCACACUAUCUCUCAAACAGGUUAUGAUCCAGGGCUGACAUACUGUAUAUAUCCUGAAGUAGGUACCUCACGGGUCCUCAGGCUGCCAUGUAGCCUUCUCAGAGACCACUCUUAGAUACCAAGUGAAAAUCCAAAUCCUGUCUUAGCUAUGCUUGAUUUGUCGUGCUGGUCUAAUGACUUUGGCCUACCCAGCACAUUUACAUCUGCAUUGAAAAGGGGGAAGAAGCAGCCACAUGAAACACUAGCCAUUAAAGGAGGGAGGGGGGCAUCCACUGUUUACACAUCCUGAAAACCAAACCCUUCAGUUACUCUGUUGUCAAUGGAAAGAGAAGUUCAGCAGGCCAAUGACGUGCAAGGCUUACAUUAGGAGAGGGCACAGGUUUAGUUAUACUCUACUGGAGAAGUGGCCUUUCAUACCUGCUCUCUCAUUUUGCUUUUUUAACACAUGAAUUAAUUCUUUUGAUCCUAACUGCCAAGGCGGCAUAGACUUUAGACAGACUUUACCAAAUUUUCAUGCUAAAUGUAAAGCUAUAUCGACUUUCCAAAUUGCAGUAGCAAUAUAUCAAACAGUUGGUCUUUUAUUAUCUUAUAUAGCAUCUUGCCACAUGGAAGGCCAACCAUUUGAUUGCCAAGUCUGCUAACUUACAAAAGGUCUCCCCGAAAUGGAGGCUACAUUUGUCCUCAAUGACCAUAUUUACUGGUAUAAAGAACAGAAGAGCAAAAAGGAAGAUCACUUUUGGGAAUAUCAAUGCCUUGGUAAACCAUCUCACUUCGUGGCUCCACAGUCCAUCCAGCACAUAGCUUUGGGUCCCAGUUUGGCACUCUUUGAUGGAGUCUGCAUGUGGUCCCCGUCCACUGGUGUCAGUUCUUCCCAUAGUCCACCACUGUUUGGUUGUAUUUAUUGGUGUCUCUGCUACAGGCUGAGCAACUGUAUAACUGUAUUGAUGGUGAGCAAUCACCCCAUCUAGAACAGUUUCCUGCUCCUUCAGUGAACUGCCAAGCGAGUCACAAGAUGGCUGUGGUGUCACCUUUCGUUCACUUUGGCGGCAGCCAAGAUUGCAGUCUCAAUUAAACAGCAUCGAUCCACUAUCCCUCCAUUUUCUGAACCUGAUGUUUUCUUUGGAGGGAGGAUAUGCAGACGACACACUGUGGAUGUCCUAACUGGGAAUCAGAUGGCUGUCCAAACAUGUUGAUAUGGCCACACUGCUUGCUGUGCCACCACAUCAUGCUUUUUCAUUGACACAGCACGGCUCGUUCAUCUCCGGCUCAAAAAGGAUAAGUGUGUUGUAAAAAUGGAGGGUGGGUAAUGUUUUAACUUGCUGAUUGAGAUCCAAGUCCCAGUGGAAAGCAGCAGCUACCAGGGCAGGAUUGGGAAAUGCUGGCAUUCUGCCAAUCCCUGCUCAACAUGGACCUUUAACCUCGCUGUUAUGUCAGCAGGUGACACUGAUGGCACUCUGUGCUGAUAGCAGACCAGACUCCCAGUGGCCACUGUCUCCAAUCUUUCCCACCCGUAAACGCUGCCCUUUGCCGACAUCUGUGGACUCUCGGCUGGUGGGUGACCUUGACGGAUCAAAGCACCCCAAGCCGACAACAAGAGACGAUGAUCGUGUACAAAUGUCAAGGCUAAAGCCACAAAGGGUCUGUACCUGCUAACAAACUGGUUAAACACCCAACACCCCCUCCCUCAGGUGCCCGGGCUUUCAAACAUAACUACACUCCAAAAGGUGCUGGCUGCUAUGGUUCUUGUAGAGGUGCACCAGCUUUCUCUGCUGUCACUAAACCUUGUUUUUCUGACUGAAAAGGGUGCUAAUAUUCACUCGCCGUGGCCACCCAAUGCCUCUAACUGUCCAGUGAGAUUUACUUUGGGGAUGGAUGGUGUUGCUGGGCAACACAUUCCAAAUGGGAACUCUGUCUGGGAAGGCUGUGGCAGUGCCACGGUGGUCUCGCUGUCCUCUUCAUUGUGCCUGUACUUGGAGUGAUUGCUGGGUAUCUCAUCCCACUGGUGACGGGCACUCUGCCUGAAGCUCACCACCGCUCUUCUUGCAUGAUCGCCUUUUCCUUCUUGCCUAAAACUCGGCGUUUAUGUUUCUCUUCAGAUUAUUCAAUAAAUGACAAAUGUUCUC